AUGAAACAAGACGAAGAUAAACAGCCUAUUAAAAGAAAACUCUGCAAGCUUUUACAGUUUUUUAGGAGUGAGCAAAUUGGAGGUCGAAAUGUCCUGGGUACGAGGCAGCCUGAAGGUUCCAUGAAGGAAACUCUUUGUCAAGAGUGUAUGUACGCUAUCAACUAUCUGGGACACAUGUUCCCAAAAAACACGACCAAAGAAGAAAUUUGGAAUGGAUUAAAGAUAUUUUGCUCGCGUCUUCCGCCGUCUGCAGUGAAGGACUGUGAUGAGAUCCUGAAACAAUAUGGCGACUUUUUUGUGAAACUUUUGCUCGGUGAAAUCGAUCCCUCCACAUUCUGCAAGGAACUGGGGCUUUGCCCGGGAACUUUGGAAAAUCUGGAGAAACUCAAGCCGGAAGACGUUCUAUUUAAACGAGUAUAGUAGCUGCGUCAAUCAGUACUAAAAUAUAGACUUUUACUCAGCUUUUACUCCUCAAUUUAUAAUUUUAUAUAUCACAACGUUUUAUUAUUUUUUUUGGUAACAUGAGUUUUCGGAGAUCUUGAUUUUUAUAAACUGCUAUAUCGCUGUUCGUUCUUCGCAAUCAACAUCGUUAUGUUUGACCUGAAGCAAUACACGGCUUCAAAAACGCUAUUGGCUACGAUGCUUAUCUGUCCACAGAUCACGGUUACGGACCAAAGGAAAACUUUUCCGAUAUACUUGAAAUCGCUCCAAAUUCUGCCGUUAAGUGUUUGCAUCCGUUUUGCACAUGAAGACACUCGAAAACCCAACCGAGGUGAGUAUUUGCACGUAGUUUGAACGUGAUUAUA